GACAUUGUACAAGGUGAGAUGGAAAGGCUAUGGCAUAGAUGAUGACACCUGGGAGCCCAAAGACAAUCUCCUCACAUGUGAAGACCUAAUAGACGAGUAUGUCGCCAAGGAAGAGAAGAAAAAGGCAGCCAAGAAAAUUAAAGGCCAGCCCCAAGAGAAAGAAACCAAAGCCAGUUCAGGUAGUAAGGAACGGCAAGCUCCAAAACGGGGCGCCGGGCAGCCUACGAACAAGAAAAAACGGAAACGGUCUCGGUACGAGGAGGAGGUUCCGGCCGCCGAGGAGCAAAGAGACAGAAAGAAAAGCCACAGUACAGAUGAGGAAGAGGAUGCCGACGACGAUGAUGAUGACGAUGAUGAUGAAAAGGGGGGCGGGGAUGAGAGUGGUGGGGAAGAGGGGAUGACGAUGGAUGGGGAGGGGGGUGUGAAAGGGGGAGGGCGACAGCAGAGACGGAAAAGGGGGGCGAAGAGGAUGAAGCAGGAGCCAAAGGAAAGCACUGACUCAGAAACUCCAGGAAUGUCCACAGGAACUACAAAGGACAGUCAAAGCAAGGGAGGGCAAGAAACAAAUGAGGGUGACAUUGACAAGGAUGGGGAGGGGGCAGAGGAAGUGGAGAGUGGAAAGGAGGGGGAGGGGGAAGAGGGUAAAGGGGAGGAACAGAAGUCAGAGGAGAAGAAGGUUGGGGAGAAGAAGAAGGCAACAGGACAGGUGAUGCAGCAGGUGGAAUUGGACGAGGAAGCCUUGCUGAAGGAUCCGUUCUGGGACCAGCUGGAAAAAGGACUUAUUGAAGUUUCUUUCGAAACCGACAUGUAUUCAAAGGUGAAAAACAGGAGAGCCGUAUUGGAUGCCAAACGGGAGGAGAAAGAGAGCAAGGAUAAAGAAGAUAAAAAGAGCAAGAAGAAGAAGAAAAAGAAAGAGCACAAGAAGGAGAAGAAAGCCAAGAAGGAGAAGAAGAAGAAAGAUAAACACAAGAAGACUAAAAAGAUGGUGGAUCUAGAAAUGCUUGGUUCAUUAGAGAGUGCCACAAAGCGCACAUUGAUGAUGAGUCCCUCCGCCUUGGACACCUCGGCCAAUUCGGCCAACAUGUACCGGUCAACAGUGCCCUCAGAACAGAUCCUGACCAUAGCCCAGCUGGAAGAGAAGUCCAAGGAAGCAGCAUCGGUCUCGGGCGGCACGACCCCUUGCAAGCUGGAAUCCUUAGACUCAAGCUCCUCCUCGAGUUCAAGUACAAUAUCUCAAGAGAUCACACCAGAAUCACCAUCAUCAGAAAAACCGACGGAUCCACAUUCUGCUUUCUUUGGAGACCUGUGUAAGAUGAAAACAGAAGCCUUAGAUAUCAAGGAGGAGACCAGUCAGCUCCAGGACUUUGCCAACAUCCUGCCAACUCCGGAAGUUGAUGAAGCCGAUAGGCAAAUCUGUGAUGCUGUCUUGACUCCCUUGAGUCCAUGCGAUGUGGACAGGGGGUUGGAAGACUUGCCGAGCGAAGAUCCUAGUUUACAGGAGACCUCUAUCUUGAAUAGAUUAGGAGAAAGUGACUCCAAUAGCUCAGUGCAGGCAUGUCCAAAGACAAAUAUCCUGGAAGAUGAUAAGCCAUUGAGCAAUCUACCCACACCACCUGAGGUGGACAAUCGAUCAAUGUUCAGUGUGUUACAAAGUGGUAGUGGAAGCGCAGAUACUGUUGCAAAACACCAGGAUCCAUCAAGUACAGCAGGACAAUCUGCUCAAAGCAAUGUAUAUAAUAUGUAUCAUAGUGAACAUAGUAAAGUUGAUUAUAGAGUGCAAGAUGUGAACUUGUUUGGAAACUUAAGACCAGCCAUGGGAAAUGUGCAAAUGGAUGUGAACAGUGCAAAGAAAGGAGAAUCGGUAGACGCAACGGGGCAUGGGAUGCAAGGAAAAGCAUCCGAACCUUCGCCAUCAAACCAGUUUCAGCCUCCCACGCCCCCUGCGUCGCUCUUCUCCUCUUUUUCUUCGGCUGUUCCGAAACCCUCUCCUCUCAUGCCUCUGAGUGAGGGAACCCCAAAUAGAACUCCAGAUCUGAAAUCACCCCUGAACUCCCCACUAACACCACAUACCCCUAGCACAAGUUUUACACCCCAGGCAACGCCGCAAGGUACCCCUAGUCCAAAAUCAUACUUGGCAAGCCAGAAGAGCCCUCCAUUCCCCAAUGCCAGUCCAAGUGGUGGCGGUCGGAAUGCCUUUGAAAAGAUUCAGACAUUUCAACUCUCCUCCGCUCAUGGAAGAAACAGUGCCAAAGUACAAAGUCUCAAGGACAAACUGAGCAAAUACGUUUCACCGACAUCUAGGAAAGAGGAUAGUCUGUCCAGUGAGAAAAGCGAUAUCAGCCACGAUCAGCAGCAGCAACAGCUUAACCAGUUACAAUCGGGACAGUUGUCAGAGCUGAGUGUUGACACUGGCCUUGCCAACACAUACAGGUCAUCGGAUGUUGCUGGUCAGCCUCAACCUCUGUCUCAGAUUGAGAGACAGAUCCAGAGAAUAGAUACGCAGGAAACGGAUCGGACUGAAGACAAAGGACUGCCUUUGAGUCAUCCUGCACCUGGCACGUUACCUCUGAAUCAAGAGAGUGGCAUACCAGAACCUCAGAGACAGGAUUCCCUUGAAGGACUCCUUGGUAAUGGCAUUCCUUCAUCUAAUACAGCACAGGGGAUGGGAUCUCUUGCAACAUAUGACGGUCUCCGGCAAGCCAUCAAGGGGGGCAACACCCAGGGCGUGGUCCACAUGCUCCAGCAGACCGGUCCCCGAGCCCUGGAGGAGGUGGAUAACAUGGGAACCACGCCCUUGAUGCUGGCCUGCACUCUGAACCAGGACGGUAUCGUCAAGGCUCUUAUCCUUAACGGAGCCAUCGUCAACAAGACGCACAAGAACGGCAUGACGCCGCUCAUGAUGGCUGCAGAAAAGGGUUACACAUCUACAUUAGGUAUCUUGUUAGAAGCUGGAGCUUACAUCAACUCAACAACGCCAGCUGGGGAAUCGGCACUUAUGCAGGCUUGUCGGAGAGGUCAUAAAGACGUGGUAAGGCUGUUACUAGAGUAUGGAGCCAAUUGGAUGGUGACAGCCAGAGAUGGGUCGUCGGCACUGGGAUUUGCUAUGCAUCAUAGCCAUCGGAGUGUCCAAGACAUGCUCCAUGCACAUGUACAGAGAUUGUGCUGUAAGUUAGAAGAAACGGCAAGCCAGUUCCUGUACGGCACAGCGAGACUCCUAAAGUCUGUCUUUCCGCUGCACUGCUACAGACUAAGGGAAGCCACGGAACAUCUAGCACUUGUCUCAUUCGAUGCCAAUAACUACUACUGCUACCAAGGUAGUGGUAUGCUACUAUUUCUUGCCCAAGCCACCCUUGGCCCUGGAUGGAGUAUCAGCUGUAAGCUCUCCGGAUCCAGUUACAUCAAACAAGUCCUACUUAAUGGAAGAAAUCUACCUCAAUUAACUCAGGGAAGCAAUUUUGUGCUAUCCUAUACUCCUAGAAGUGGGCAGAAUGUUUUAACAAUCUCAACAGUUCCUGAUCCAUAUACCAAUACUCUCUUGCUUGUUGGAGCCUACACAGUCCAGAUUGGAACCCACCCCACUGCCAUGCACUAGACUCCAUCAGCCAGCUGUUCCUUUCCUAAUCACUGCCACAGGCUACACUAGUUUUUGAAGGGCUGUCCAUCCUCACAACCUGCUAAACCACUGUCAUACCAAGCCUAUGUGUCUUAAUGUGGUAGCUAUAUAUAGAGAGAACUAUUUAUCGUGUCUGUAUGAGGUGUGUCUGGUUCAAUAAACUAUGUCAUAGUUUCAUCCUGUUUUUUUCAAAGGUUGUCGGCUGUCAGGCAAGGCUUUUGUGAAUGAUGGAAAGUUUGUAUGAUUGAAGGAAAGGCAAGACCGUUUAAUUUGAAGUUGAUAUACAUCAAGCACUCAUAUACAUGUGAUUUUGAUCUAAUAUGACUGGGGCAUACAUAGAUUCAACACGAUUAUUUGUUAUAUAAGUACCAUACUAGAUCUAGAACUCAAGUUGUCAUUGAAAAUUACUAUUUCUUUCAGGAAAUGUUCUGAAGCAUUACACUUUAUAGACAACGUGAUAGGACGGUACACUUGUAGGGGGCAAAAACCAAUGGAGGAUUUACAUCACCUUGUUCGCCAAGUUGACUUUUGCGGCUCUGAUUGUACUUAACUGUUAUGAUUUGGGUUAUUAGUGCCUGUGCAUACAGAUUACCUGCAGGUUGAAAUGAAUGAUUAUUCAAUCGUGAUGUGACGGGGCUCAGCAGUAUGUGAAUGUACGAGGUCUUAGGAUAAAAGCAGCUUUCAUUUGUGUAGCCUUGUGAAAAUGAAAGCAAGGCUACAAAAAUUCAGAUUCAUUUAAGGGGGAUGUUCACCCUGACAACAAGUUUAUUGUAAAAAUAGCAGAAAAAAUAAUCAAAAAUAUUGCCGAAGGUUAGAGAUAAAACCAUCAAAGAAUUAAAAAGUUAUUUGAAUUUUGAUUAUAUGAUUUACGACGUCAUAUGCGAGCAGCAUUUCUACAUAGCGAAUGGUGGAAAAUCAACGAAAUGUCAUAUUCUCUGAAAGUUGAAAAUGGUUUUUACUGUUUUGUAUAUCAAUAGACAAAUCAUUUCACACCCAAUCAUGAAAAGAAAAGAAAAAUAAGUCACCAGGAACCAUUAAAAAAAUAAAAUUUAUGUAUUUUAUAUUACAUAACAAAUGUGACACCUGCUCGUUUAUGAUGUCACAAAUCCAAAACUUAAACUUCUAAUAACUUAAUCUUUAACGGAUUUUCCUCAAACCUUCACCAAUAUUUUUUAUCUUUUUUAUUCCUGCUACUUUUAUAACAAACUUCUUCCAGGUGAAUUACCCCUUUAAAGCAUGGACAAACUACCAACAUUGAACAUGACUCAUGUUAUCAUGUAGUGAAAUCAUAACACCCGAGUCUGUAAUGACACCUACAGGAGUUGUCUUAAUAUCAUGAAAUUAAUUUGUCAUUUAUCAGCAUUAAAAGUGGGAUUUGCCUCUGUCAGCACAUUUGAACACAAUGGAAAAUAAUGUUGAGCUUUGUCACAUCAUGUGCCCAUUUCAAAAAGACUUGUUACAUUAAAAUACCAAAUGAACAAUUUCUAUAACAAGUUUGCUCUUAGCCAAUCAAAUUGAAUGAUUUCAGUAGCUUUAAACUGUAUUGCAAGUUUGUUAUUAUAGCAAGUUUUAUGAAACCAGUUCUUGAACAAGGAUUGAAAGAACCAUCCAAGCUUUUAGACUACUAGUUUGACAUGAAAGGUAAUAAGACAUUUGUGCAUGAAAUUCGAGUGGUUUUCACAGAAAAUUAGCAUCUAGUCAAGUUACGCACGUGGGUAAUUUUGAUGAGUAAAAUCGUUGGAAUAUGGUAGUUUAUCUCCUCAUUAGAGGUGAGUCAUGUGGGAUGAUUGCAAUGAAGUCAAAUCAUUGUGCCAAUUUAAAGAACAGCAUUAGGUAUUAGUGAUCAGAUAGACUUUGAAUAGAUGUAAUGUAGACUUUCGGUGUCAUGGUGCUAAUUUGAGGAUUCUGCAUUAGACAUUUAGUGAUCAGAGUAGUGAAGAGGAGAAUAUCUCUUUUUGUGAAAACAAUACAGCAGUGAAAUGAGGACAUUUGAAGCCAUGAUGCCAAUUUGAAGAUCGUGCAUUUGAUAUUUAGUUAUCAGAGCAUUCAAUUGGCAAUACCUGCUUGGAAAAAAAAGUGGAAUGACUAUGAGGGAUGGUGUUUUUAGUCAUAGUGCCAAUUUGAGGAUUCUGCAUUAGGAAUAAGUGAUCAGGUCAGAGUAGAGUAGAAAAAAAAAUCAACUCUUGGAUGUGCAAGCCGGGACAAUUCCCUGGAGAGUUUGAAUAUGUUUGAAAAUGCGUUGUUAUGCUGAUGCUGUACAUUUUGGUAAAUAUUGGUAUAUGAAAGGUUGUUUUUAAAUAGUGCAAUUGGAUAAUGUUUGGACAACUCACUAUGUGUGCAUAGAAGAAACGGAGGAAGUUCCUUGGGGAAGGUUCUUCGAUGAAAAAAAUUGAUGAAAAUCCAAGGAAAAAACACAGGAAGAUGAAAACAAAAAUUGCAUAUUUUAAUUUCCUCAUUUUCAGUGAGGAGGAAGGUGGAUGAAAAUCCGGAUGAAAAGCCAAGUGAAAAUGCAUUGUGGGAUACAUGGUUGGCUUGGUCGUCAUCCAUAAAUUCAAUCCGGAAGAAUACAUGUCUAUAUUUUAAUGGGGCUGUAUGGAUUUGCAUUUUCAAUUCCGGGCAUUAAUGGUGUCAUGAUCAAAGGAAGAAUGGCUCUACAUUUAAUAUUUAGCUAAGAUUUAAUCAUCAAUAUCAGACUCCUAGUUUUUUUAAGUUAACAGAAUAUAAAAAGUCUUUCUUAAUUCUGGUUAUUUUCAACACAACUUGAAUAAUACCAUGUAAUCUAUAAUUGAGGUACAAAUAAUUUUCUCCGGAGUUUUCACCAACCUCCAUUUUUAUAUUUUAAUACAUGGGAAUUAUCUAUAAGUCUUGUACAGUAACUACCCAUUCAAAUAUAUCAGGAAAAUUUUUCUUAAAAAAGAAACACACACCCACAAAAAAGCAAUGCUAAGCAGAUAAAAUUCAGUUUGUGUUGUGGGGUUGUGCAGGCCUUCCAUGUUUGUGACGAAAAGAAAUACUGCAACUGAUUUGAAAGAGACUUGAGGAAGGAUUAUAGUAUGCAAGAAAUAAUUGCUGUCAAUUGGAC